ACAGUAGUAGUACAUAAGCACAAAGACUCAACAGCUCUUCUCUUAGAAAGCAUCAAGCCAGCUCGCCGUUCCCAAGCCCGCCUCUUUGGCAGCACAUACAUCUUUGAAUCUUCGCAACACUUUUGGAUGGAGCAAAAUACCCACGACAAGUAUACAAAGUGCGCAAAGGCCCAGCCGAUGACUUGCGGCAGCGUCUGGUCGCGCUUGACGCCGGAGCUGCUUCGCGAGGUAGCAAACAUUUUGCCCGUUAACAACGUGACUACCGCGCUCAAACUGCUCAACCACGAGACCUUGGCUGUCGUGCGCGUCGACCCGCUCUUCUCCACAAUCAAUUUGUCUCGGCCGGCGCCAUCCUGGCUGUCGGCGAUGGUCGAUCGCCCGGGGCUUUGCCUUGCCAGCACAUCUUGGCCUGCGUACGACUUCGUGGCGCAAUGGGGCCGGCCAGAGCCCUGGCGCGCCCUCAGCGUUUGGCAGCGCAGGCGCCUCCUGUGCCUGGCGGCCUCUUCUGCCCACGCCGCUAGCCUCGACGCUGCUCUGGCGCACUGCGGCGUGGUCGCAACCGACGAUGUGCUGCUCGCAGCAGCAGCAGGUGGCAACGUUGAAAUUGUGGAGCGGCUGUUCUCUGAAGGUUGCAGCUGGAGUGAGGUUGUAACGAUCGCAGCGGCGGCCCUCGGCCACCUGCCGGUGCUGAAGCUGCUCAGGCAGAGAGGCAUGCUGGGCCUGGCCAGAACCGUGCCCGUCAGCCUGCGCAAGGUGGUCAUGCAGGCGGCGUGCCGCGGCGGCCAGCUGCAGGUCGCCAGCUGGCUGGAGGACGAACUGGGUUGGCUGGAGCUCGGUGACGAGGGCUCCGCCGCCGACGCGGCGGAGGGCGGCCAUGUGGGUCUGCUGAAGAAGCUGGUGGCGCGCCUGCCCGACCGCGCCCUGCGCUGCCGCUUGUUCAGCCACGUCGCCUGCGGGUGCAGCCUGGCCGUCAGCCAGUGGUUCUACCGCAACUGCAUCGGCAGCGCGGCGGCGACCCACAUGGACGUUGUGCUCAAGGUGCAGGCGAUGGCCAGCGCUCUGGGGAGCCGCACAUCCUGCUGGCGUAGCAAAAUUGACUGGAUGCUGCAGUCCCUGUGGGGCCCGGAGCCGUGGCGCGCGUUGGAGCGCAGCGCGACGCACGACCUAUGGGCGCUGGCGUCCAAGCAGCCCGACUACCUGGCGCGCCUACAGCACCUGGCAGCGUGCGGGCUGGCGCCGCAGCCCAACAUACCGUGUCCUGCCGUCAACGCGGCGCAGGAGCGGCACGCGGACGCCCUGGCCUGGCUGAUCGACUCGUGUCAUGUCGAGGCCGGGGAGGACGUGGUGGACGCGGCCGCGGUUGGCGGCUGUGUUGGGGUGCUUGGGGUGUUGCGGGCGCGUGGCACGGCCUUCAAGGCCCGUCACGUGGCCGCCGCGGCUGGGUCAAUCAACCGCCUCGACGCGGUGCGGUGGCUGGCGGAGGCCGCUGAGGGUGGGACGACAUCCGAAUGGUCAGAGACCUUCAGGAACGUGGCGGUGUUCGGUGCGGACCAGGCGACGCUGUGCUAUCUUCAUGAGCAGCGCGGCGCAGCAGUCGACUUGAAGGCGGUCAUUGUCGGCGGCAGCGAGGAGGCGGUGGAAUGGGCAGUCCGGCACUACCAGCAAAAGCGCUCAGGCGGCAUUCCGGCCUUCUCCGCUGAGCAGUUCUGGGGUUUGGGCGCAGCCUGCGGGAACAUCGCCGGCGUGGAGAGCCUGCUGCGCCUUGGCGGGCUGCAGCUGCCGCUGACGCCGCCGCAUGUGCGGUUGACACCGCACGAGAUGUAUGAUGCGCUAAUGCAGCCCGCCAUACUUGAACUCUGGGCGGACGAUAACGUCUCCUGUUUCGGCAUCCUGAGGUGGUGGCUGCAGAGGCUGCCGGCGGGGAAGGAACUCACAGCAGCUAUGUGGGCCAGGGUCAUUGAUCUGGCCCGCAUGGCCGAGCACUUCCCGCCGCACCAGAUGGCAUGGUUCAAACAGCGCCACCUGGAGGCGGCACUGGCACAGCUUAUCAAGGCGGAGCGCGCGCUGCCGGCGCCCAGCAAACCGUCAGGCCACGCUGGCGGGAGCAGCGGCAGGGAUGGUGGCAGCGCUGCAGCCGUGGUGGCGGUCCCGAUGGGCUUGACGGCACAGCAAUGGAACUGCCUGGUGCCCUCGCCCCGCCUGACGCCAUCUGAGGCGGCCGUGGUUGCAGCGCGUGCCGACGUCCGCAGCGCUGAGGAAGCUCUGCAGUGCUGGGACAAGUGGAGCUACUGCGGCUGGAACAUGGUCGAGGAGGACCAGGAGGAGAGCGACGAGGAGUAGCCGCCGGGGGACGAGUAAAGAAAGGGAGGGCAUGGGAAUGCAUAGUACAACGCCAGGGGCCAUCGUGGGGUGCCGCAGCGGCUCUGACUUGGAGGUGGAGGGGGGCGCGUACGAGGACGACCAAUCACCGUUUGGCGAAGGUCUGAGUAUGGCGGUCAGGAGCAGCAUGGCUGUGGAUUGAGAACGGCAUAGCUCAAAUUUUACUUUGACACGCAAUGCAUCGCAUCAAGCCUCGACGUUAUCGGGCGCGUGUGCUGGGCCACAUCAUGUCCAGGCUGUGAGAGCUUCCGUGGUGGGGCAAUUGAACUACCGUAAAGCAAGCUAACAGUAGCCGGUAUGCAGGUAGUGCAGCUGCAGUUCCGGGCUGCGGGUGGGGGCUGCCCCAGCCUAGGGAAGUACCGAAAAGCGUCGCAGGUGCUGGAUGAGCAGUGCUGACAGGAAACUGAGGAAAGUGGGCUUCACGGGUGAGAGCCACGGGUGAGAGCGAGGCCUGUGUGAAGCAUGAGUGGCGCCCUGCAAUCGUACGUCCAGCUGCCUCUCAGUGAGACAGUGACGACACGGUUGACAGCAUCAUACACAGACAUGAGAAAUCACCACUGCGC